AUGACACCUUAUGCGUUCACGCGCCUUCUUUGCUUACUGGUGUUCGUGCAGUGGUUGCUUUUAGUAGAAGGGUCUCACUUCAGACAUGCCGUCAUGAGCUUUGUUCCGACUGAUGCUGAUAACAACACGGUAUGGUCCUUAAUUGCACGCUACUGAGCUAAUUUCAGAGAUUUGUCGUCUACCUGUUUUUGCAUGUCGUAUAUAAAACCUUGGUGGUACAAGUUGAAGUUCGAUUGCCUUUGUAUUCUUCAGUUUGUAAAUGAGACAUUGCAAACGCAUAAUUGCAAAUGAAUGUUUUCUCCGAAGCAUUUACUGAGGUGAGGUGAAGAAAUUUCACCACAGGCAUAAAAAGACAGCCUGCUCAGAGAGACUGGCUGUCGCCUUGUUUCGACCCGCUAAGACCUACUAAGACCUUGAAACUUAAGGCCCCGGAAAUCUUGUUCUUCAGAUUUUAAGAACUCGUGGGAACACGUCACCAAACAGUACAGUAAACUUUUGUUUGUUAAGAGACCAAACUAUACAUCAAAGCAUAUUAAAAAGUAAAGCACACUACAGAAAAGCAUAUUCCUCUUCUCCGUGUGGCGGUAUUUACCUUUCUAGUCAUUUACCUUUCUAGUAAUCCUCCGUUUAAUGCUGAAGAAGGCAUGCCCCAGGUCGGAACAUUUAACAAAGCUGACUCCAGGUUAUCAAUAGACAAUUUUGGGCUUUAUAUAUUUUGUUAUUGAAGGAAAUUUGCUUCCUGCAUUGAGUCCAACCCUGCUCUUUUUCACUGUAUCUGCUUGAAUUACAUAUAAGUGUUUUUUUCUUUUACUUUUACUUUUUUAAGCACGAUAUACUCAACUAAGAAGGAAUCACGCUAUAUCUUAUCUGACGCAACCAACUGUGGCCAUUUCUUGGAAAGACUGCGGUUUUUGUAAUCAUUUAUUCAGAUUCACAAUUUACUUCCAGACGCUGAAGCGUCUUAAACUUCAUCCGCUCACUUUUGGUUAACAUUCCAGUUUUUUCGUUUUAGCGGUUGAAUUUUGUUUUUUACCGUAGGCACUGAUUUCAAACUUUCAACAACAAAGAGUCUGACGAGGGUAACUGUGUUUAGUUACUCAAAUAUGUGUAUAUGAAGCACAAUGAAGGACUGUCUUUUGAGGAAAGUCAUUUAACCGGAAGGGUAUUUGAAGAAUGAAACCGCCCCCUUCAUCAAAAUGCAGCGAUGACGCAAAUUCACUAACACUUUCCGUUGUCAGAAAAGAAAACAUAUAACAAUUGCUAUAGAGUUAGAAUAAUGAGACAUCUUCAGAAAAUUUUUACAGGGACUAACGGCUACAGAAACCUCCACGAUAUGGAGAAGGAAAUACAAGGUUGCCUUCUUGAACCUGACUGCUUCACCCACGGGUUUAGUGGCAGUUAAAGAUGUCUGUUUGGCAUGGCUAUAUAAGGGAAAUACUGUUCCUUAAUUUUUUUCAUGCGUUACGCCCCAUCGAUAUCGCUAUUUUUUUUUUAAACUUGACAGUGGGAUAUGAUCAUCUAACAUGAUAAAGCCAUUUUGAAAUAUAGUUAGGGUAAAAUAUUUUCCAUUUACGUGUGCAUGUGAUUCUAUAAAAUUUAAUUGUACUCUUAAAGGUCUUAGAGAAGACCGAAACUUUGUGUAAUAUCUUUUUCUUUACUUUCCAGGUACGGUUUACCUUCCGUCUGGCUCUUCGAAGGUCAUUUAAUUCAUAUUACUGUGAUGAGAACACAAUUAACGUAGGAGGAAUUAUUGGAUCUGGAGGUUCUUGGAAAGCUAAGUGCAGCGAUCCUUUCAGUGCAGUGUGUUCACUGAGCUAUUAUGUCGCGGACACUCGCUUUCGUUGUACUGACUUUAGUCGCAAUGAAGACUGGUCAAUGGGGGAAAAUAACUUCACCUACACUUUUCCGUCUGGCAAUCUGGAGUGGAAUGUGAGGUGGGUCAAUAUGUGAGUUAAGAGAAAAAGAAACUCGUGAAAACUGACUUUUUAAGAAUGUAUCACUUUUAAGGCAGCACAAAGCCCCGAACAAGCAAGAGCCGUUUCUAAUGACCAAAACUAUCUUUCAACAUUGGGGUGGUCUUUCAAUGUUGUAACGGCUGAAGGCCAUCACCAAGUAGUAGUUAUGACCCGAAAUUCUCUUCUUCUUUCCAUCGCUUCAAUACUCAGUCACUCGAUUACUCCUUUCUUCCAUUCCAGUUAACUUUUUGGUAAGUGCGCUGGCUCGCGUUUAAGGCUUUCACAUGUUCACGUUCAUUGAUGUGGUGCCGCCUAUCUUCCCAAAUUAAGAUAACUUUUCGCAGUCUCAGUGUUUUUAAAAAAUAUCCCUUUCUUGUCUUGUCGACAGAUACCAAAGUUGCUGUUGGAUUUCCAAUCUUGUGCGAUAUUCUGAUUCACCGUGGUCGGUAUCUACCAAAAUAAGUCUCUAUAGACGAUCUGAUAGCGGCAAAAUCAACUCAUCCCCAGUCUCCAAAAGCCCAGCUAUUGUACGGUUUAGACAGGGCUGUCAGAAGUCACUUACAAUUCCAGUUGAAGAUCCAGAUGGCGAUUUUGUGAAAUGUCGUUGGGCAACUAGCGCCGAGUCUUCCAUACCAAGUGAUAGUUUUCCAUACGGUGAACUUGAUGAGGUAUAUUUAUACACUCUAUAUUAUGUUUUUCCCCUGUUUUAUAAAAACAUGAGAUCAUUUAAAGCCUUGUAAAUUAGGAUGAUGAAAAAAAAACCCUGGAUUCAGAUUGGGUCAGUAUACAAAGCAGUCAUUGAGGUGCGGCUUCAAAACGUUAGUAAACAGUAAGUAUUCAAGGUUACAAGUUUAGAGCAUCUGAGUUUGCCUUUAAUCCUGGUGAGAUCUUAACAUAGCACUUAGAGGUAGGAUAAUCUUAACUGCUCGAUGUAUCUAGUAAAGGUGUUCUUUCUUACUUCGCUUUGCAGAAAAACUGCAUUUUAGCUUACAGAGGUGGACUUGGAGCAUCGGGCACAUACGUAGUAACCUUAACUUUGGAAGACUUUCCAGCUGGAACCACCAACUUCAAUAACAUCAGACCAUUCAGUGCUGUGCCACUGCAGUUUCUUGUCAUAAUAGGAGUUGGGUCUGGUUCUUGCCAGGACACACCUGUUUUCACUGCUUCCACACCUCAAAAUGGUGAAUGCUCAGAGAUUCAGAUUGGGUCAGUAUACAAAGCAGUCAUUGAGGUGCGGCUUCCAAACGUUAGUAAACAGUAAGUAUUUAAGGUUACAAGUUUAGAACAUCUGAGUUUGCCUUUUACAUCCAUGAACUGUUUAUACUAAAACAUAUCCAAAGGUACAUUAUUUGUCAUGUUAUGAUCGCUGUUAACCUAGACUCUUUUCUUAAUGUUCUAAGUAUUGUCGAGAUAACCACAAGCUCUCCACUUGGAAUGCAACUGACACCAUUAAACUUCCGUGGAGGCAUCUUCUUCAGGAAUGUCACGUGGUAUCCGAGUCAGAACCAAGUUGGGCAGCAGUUGUUCUGCUUUCAAGCUUUGGAUUCAGACGGGUAAGAUGGUCUCUCUCGUAUGUUGUAAAAAAUUUUGUACCUGGAAUUAGGAUUGUGAUGAACUAAACUUAGAUCGAUUUUUUUUUCAAAUUUUAAAAAGAAUUAAUGAUCAUUGUUCACGAUAAAGUAUAACGCUAUUGGUGUUUCAUUGGAAUGUUAGAUGUUUAUGUCUGCAGUAUUCUUAACUAAAAAUGCACCAGAGCAACAUUAUGCUAAUACAACGUACAUGUGCUAUAGUACCGGUACGAGCAAAAACAGUUAUGUGCCAAUUUAAAAAUAAAAUGUAAAAAUAACGAUUAAUAUAAUCUAUGUUAAUAAUAAAAAGGCAAUGAUCACCAUAACAUUACAAUAAACAAAAAUUAUCAUAAAAGCAUAUCCAUUGAGUCAGUUAGUGAUUCAUCUACGAUUGAAUUACGAUGUACCAUUUAGUUAUUAAUUCAAUAUAUAUACACUUAUUUUUAGGUAAUACACCUCAUGUUCUUUUGGGUACACGAAGGCCAAUUAGUCCCAUAAGUGAGAUUGGGACAGGACUAACAUGGUGGAGUAUUCAUUUUAACAGAGUGGUAAUUAACCCUCUAUUCUUUACCUUUCAAAGAGUAACUUGUAUUUAGGCCCAUAUUAGUAUUUUGAUAAAUUUCACGCCUUCAAGGGAUACCAGUCACGUUAAUUAAUGACGAGGGAAUAUUAUCCCGAUAUAACACCAGAUUCCCGUUACCAGGAAACAAUUAAAAACAAAUUUACAGUCAUCUUUUGGAAGAACUAGCUUUCAGACCUUGGGAAUUCAAAAGGUUAGGGAAACAUAUAUAAAUAAAGUAGAAUAUACUUGAAUUGACGAUUGAGGCUGAUUUUUUGCAGAUAAAGAAGCCUAGAAGCUCAGCAUUCAUCCGAUUGGUUCUGCAGUCAAAUGGUUUUACCGUCUUCAAAGUGAAUGCCCUCUCUGGUUACGUUAUUAUUGACAGUAACCGCACAGUACUGCAUUUUGCCACUCCUAAGGCUGCACUGAGCAUGAAUGGUUCAUAUGCAAUCUUGAUAGAUCCCGGUGCAGUAGUUGGGCAGGGCUGCUCGAAUGAUGGUCCACCAACACCUGGUAUAACCUCACCCAUAGACUGGGCCUUCCCCGUAGAUGGUGUCUGCCCUCUUGGUUAUGCUCUGGUUUCUCCAAGUUUUCAAAAGUGUGAGGGUACGUCCGGUGUUGUAGUAUUUAGUGAACAAGUACCCGAUAUCUUUGCCCUACAUUGGUCCGGUAUGGGUUAUGAGGGUGCAUCAACCAUGCUCCAAUCUCAACCGAUGCAGUAAAAGCCAUCUGUUAAUAGGACAAACUUUAGAACAAGGCCUUUAAAUAUAUAGUGAGAAUGAUUGUUUUCGGCCUAAAUGGGUUUUGUUAGAAUUUUCUUGAAAUUCUUACGUGCAUGAAGGAUAGGCUGUUGGAAUUGACUUAAUGAAAUAAGUGCUACCCCUUUCCGGACGACUUUUUAGAAUGAAAUUGCUCUCCAUUAUGAUGAUCAUCGUGUGAUAUCCUAAUUUUUAAAGUCGCAAAACUCAGUCUCGAUGUUCACUUUUAAUAUUCCACCAUUCUUUGCGCAGAAAUUCUGAUAUCUGCUGUUUGAGUGUGAAAAAUAGAUAAAAAACAAACAUUUAAUGAGAUCAAGAAGUGCUUCAAAAUAGAAAUUAUAUUAGUUCAAAUAGUGUAAACCAUUUCAAUAUUUUAAAUGUAAGCAUAAACUCAAGUUUAGAUGUAUUUUUUUUAAAGAGAGUCUAUCCAUAUGAAAAUUUCUUUUCUGUUUGUAGAUAUAGACGAAUGCGGCGGACAUCAUCGAUCAAAACGUUCUUAUUGGUGGUUCAACGUGUUUUCCCAAAAUUCGGGUAUAUAAAUCUACUGGUACCAUAAUUUUUGUGAUGCUUCCUCACGCUAAUCAUAAUAGUAAUGGAAAAUAAGGCCUCUCGCAUAAUGUUUCGAUUAUCAUUCAUUUAUGUGGAUCAUCAGAAGAAGCGGACUUACCAUGUCAGUUCUAGGAACAUGAUCUAUCUUAAAAUCGUGACUGAGUCGAAAACAAAAUUUUAUCUGUACAUGCGCAAAACUAGAUCAUCAUCCUCUUCCAGUAGAACCUGGCAUACUGCUGCAGUGGUUUCUAAGGAGCUGAUUUCUCGGAAUUCCUCUUUUAGGGGCUGGUGUGAAAUGGUUCUCCAUUCGUUUGUCUUUGACCUCCUCUUCAAAUCCGCCAAAGAUAGCCCAGAGCAAAGUUUUUUUGUCAUCUUUUCGCUAAGUUUACAUGCUCAUCUGUUCCCCUUUUCCCUCCUCCUUUCCACCCUUCUACCUUCACAAAUACCAAAUUGACGAACAGAACGACCAUAGUCAUAUUUUUCUUUUCUUGUUUUCAUGAAACUAAGUAGUUGAGUGCGGAUUAAAGUUUACUGGUUUUCGGAUCGUUAGCACGAUGUGCAACUUCUCAAUUCUGUAUUCUCUCGAUGAUCUUCACAUUCCAAAAAUUUACUAUUAUUGUACACUCCCCGGCAAAACGACUAAAAAUCACACAAUUUCAGUUUCAUCAUUUCCUUUGUUUCAGUUUGGAUCUCUCUGAAACUCAUUGUCAUGGUCAAUAUAGCUAAAGACUUCGACAGAAUUUAGAACCUUGACUUUACAGAGGGUCUCGAUGGGGAUAACCGAUAGCUGUAAAACGGCCUAAAAAAAUGUACCCGUUAGGUGUAAAAAUUGACAGAUUUUAACCGUUAGUCGUAAACAAUGUUCACCAUUAAAAACAAAUUUAUCGUACAGAAAUGAAAUGAUAUUAACCGUACGCGUUAGCUGUAAAAUCGCCAAAAUUUUAACCAUUAGCCGUAAAAGCCAUCACCCCUUUAGUGUAUCACGAACUCAAUAAAAUGUUACUCAGAGGUGACAGUCGAUGUGUCAAACGCUUUCUUCCCUGAGCAAAGGGGUCAUAUCGAUUAAAUGAUAAUUCCUCCUGGGAACUUCUUGUGGUGUUUAUUUCCAUUUACAGACGUCUAUUCGAGCAUAAUUCCUGGUCGAAGUAUAAUUCCAAGCAUUUACGCGAUUAUCAUUUUCCUUCUACAGGUAACAAAUCUACCUCGUCUGCCACCAAGAUAUCACCUUCUCCAGGUAUUUCAUUAUUUUCUUUUUAAUUUUGUCUUUUUUGUGUCUUCCGGCAGCGUUCAAAAGAGCCCAAUAUAUUUUCUAUUCAAUCAUAGGAGUAAUAAAAGUAUUUUCUUAUAUUUCCUUUUUGGAUGAAGCAACUGCCACAUCUUCAAUGGCGUCAGUCAUGCUACCGGCUCUUCCAGGUAAGGCUAAGAGUUUUAGAUUGCUUCUACCGUGAAACCUUACCGACCUUGGUCGGAUGGAAAGUGAAAACUAAAACUAUUUUUCGGCUUUUUGCAGAUUUCAACAAACAGCGAUGCACAAUUGACUUGCUUUAAAGCUUUUUGUGUGAUAACGACUUUUAAGGCUUUGAACAUCGUUUGGCCAUGUUAAAAAUUAGUAGUGCACCCUAUUUUUGCUGUUGUUGUCCCUUUUCUCUUUAUCAAUUUGUUUUCCUCUUUUGCAUUCAGAAUGCUACAAUUACUCAUACCUGACAGACAUAGAAAGAAGGAUGGGUUACUAUAACGGCUAUUACAGCUAUCUCCGAUGUGACAACUUCUUACCGUUCGGAUGGUAUCGAUUUGGUGGUGCAGCGGGAACAGAGAUGCCUACGUCCUGUGUAGGAAAAAAUCGAUGUGGCACCCAUGCACCGGGUUGGUUGAAUGGCUCGCACCCGCGAGCAACUGAUGGAAUUGUCCGUGCUAAAGUGUGUUUCCAUUGGAGUUAUGAUUGUUGCUUGUGGUCUGCCAACAUUCGUGUUCGUAACUGUAGCGGUUUCUACGUGUACGAGCUUGGGCCCACGCCAUAUUGUUACCUUCGUUAUUGUGGUAAUAGUGGAGGUAAGAAAAAUAACAGACAGAAAGAGAGACAGUUGCAAGAGACACACAAAUAUCAGGCAUACAGACGAAUGGUUGAAAGAGAAACGUAAAGAAGAACAGAAAACACGUUCAAAUGGACAAACAGGGACAAAUGGACGGACUGACCACAGACUGACACACAAAAAGGAACGUAAAGGCAAACAAAGCGUAGGAUAGAGACUACAAGGAGGGUUAGAGAAUCAGAACGUAUAACGAGAGAGUUCAUUGGAGAUAGCCGAUGUGCCUUUAUCCGCUCAAUACAAGUAAGAAGUAGGAUUGUUGCGAAAACAUUUCUCUGUUCAAGUGGUAAAGUUAUUCGCCUGCAUUUAAAAAGGAAGGCUAGAAAUCCCAGUCAGUCAUCCAACUAAUCAAUGAAUCGGUCAAUUAAUCCGUCAAUACCUGAAUAAAUUAAGUUUGCAUCUCUCCGAGCAGUUAAAUCACUGAAGAAACCUCGAAGAUUAUAUUCGUUUAUGAGGAAAUGUAAGUUACAUUUAAAUUAAAGGCACUAUGCUUGUGGUUGACAAAAUGAUGCAAUCAAAAAUAUAAUUCAAUUUUGUUCGAUAGAAAUGAGAUUGUUCCAUGCACACAUUUUCAAUGAAUGUUCAUUUAUUUUGUUUUCAGCUCUUAACUCAACUAAUAUCACACAUACACUUUGUGAGUACCUUUUCCUUUAACAUAAAUUUAGUUUCAGUUUUUGGCUCUUACUUGGUGUAGAAGACACAGUAUACGUCACAAUAGAAUUUCAUCACAACCAGAAAUAAGAAAACAAUGAAACAAUAGUGUGACGUAUACUUCUACACCAAGUAAGAGUCCAGUUUUUCUACUCCGAUUGAUUUUUUUUAAUUUCUCUUUACACAGGAGGAACUGAAAUGCAUGUGUAAGAUUAAUUCGAAUACCCUCUACUAUUUCUAGAUUUCUUUAUUCCUCCAUGAUUAAAUUACUAAAGAAAUAUUGGUCUUAAGAAAAUUGGAUGAACAAUCCACGAAAUAUUCCUCAUGUCUAAGCCUAAAAAUGCAACAGGUUUGUCAGCCUUUCUCAAUGUAAUUAUGCAUUUUUAAGAAUAAUGCUUAGUGGUUAUGAAAUUCAAUACUUAGCGCCGUCAUUCAUAUCUAUUCUUGCUUUUUAAAGCCCAGUCUAUUGCCGCUGUUACCCCGGCUAUUCCUGGUAAGUGACGAGUGGUAGAAAUCAAAGCAUGUCCUUAUAACAUUUUAAGUGAAGGUCUUAAUUUGGAUGCGGCAUGGUAUGAAUUUCUAUUUAGUUUAAUUGGAGCCAGCUACAUAGCUCUCGGUUCAGAUUAAAACGAUUCCGCUGACUAAUAAAUCAACAUAAAAGAUGGUGUUACUCAGUGAAUGAGAUAGCAUAAUCGGAGAAAAAGAACUCCGAGUGCUCCGAAUAGGAGUCGAACGUACUUCGGAUGCUCUACCAUACAUUGAGACCUGGUAGACUCGUGAUGGGCUAAGCCGUUUAAUUAGGUCGAUGGUGCCAGACGUCUUGCAUAAUGCAAGAAUAGGAAUGUAGGAUGUGAUGCUUUUGCGCAAUGAUGAUGUAAAUGAAGAUGGUAAAUUAAUUUGAAACUUGGUUAUGUAAGUGAAAGAUGAGUCAAUGCUUCUUUCAGGGCCUUACAUCUAUGCCUUAUAUAAUAUGAGGAUCCUUUGCUAGCGUGAACUUUCCAGACAAUUAUCCAGUCAACGUGAAUACAAAUAAACGGUCACUGUAAAACAUGGACCAAACGCUAUUUUCCUUAUGAGUUACACUUAUCUAUCCAGAUAUUUGCCGUAUUUUUCUGAACAGUUUGCUCGCCCAAAUGUAAUUUCUUUUUAAACCUUCAGUUUGUCAAGUAAUUGUCAAAUUUCGAAAAGUAGUAAAGUUAUUAGCCUGCAUUAAAAGAGGAAGGCUAGAAAUCCCAGUCAAUCAUUUAACCAAUCCAUGAAUCGGUCGAUUAAUCCGUCAAUAGCUGAAUAAAUGAAGCUUGCAUCUCUCCGAGCAGUUAAAUCACUGAAGAAACCUUGCAGAUUGUAUUCGUUUAUGAGGAAAUGUAAGUUACAUUUAAAUUAAAGGUACCAUGUUUGUGGUUGACAGAAUGAUGCCAUCAAAAAUAUAAUUCAGUUUUGUUCGAUAGAAUUGAAAUUGUUCUAUGCACGCACCCUUUUCAAUGAAUGUUCAUUUAUUUUGUUUUCAGCUCUUCACUCAACUAAUAUCGCACCUACGCCCUGUGAGUACCUUUUACUUUAACAUAGACUAGUUUCAGCUGUUCCACUCCAAUUGAUUUUUUGUGGUUUUUCCGUACAGAGGAGGAACUGAUAUGCAUGUGUAAGAUUAAUUCGAAUACCCUCUACUAUUUCUAGAUUUCUGUAUUCUUCAAUUAUUAAAUUACAAAAGAAAUAAUAGUCUUAAGAAAAUUGGAUGAACAAUCCACGAAAUAUUUCUCAUGUCUAAGCCUGAAAAUGCAACAGGUUUGUCAGCCAUCUCAAUGUAAUUAUGCAUUUUUAAGAAUAAUACUUAGCGGUUAUGAAAUUCAAUACUUAGCACCGUCAUUCAUAUCUAUUCUUGCUUUUUAAAGCCCAGUCUAUUGCCGCUGUUACCCCGGCUAUUCCUGGUAAGUGACGAGUGGUAGAAAUCAAAGCAUGUCCUGAUAACAUUUUAAGUGAAGGUCUUAAUUUGGAUGCAGCAUGGUAUGAGUUUCUAUGUAGUUUAAUUGGAUCCAGCUACAUAGCUCUCAGUUCAGAUUUAAACGAUUCCGCUGACUAAUAAAUCAACAUAAAAGAUGGUGUUACUCAGUGAAUGAGAUAGCAUAAUCGGCGAAAAAGAACUCCGAGCGCUCCGAAUAGGAGUCGAACGUACGACCUUCCGAUCAGUACUUCGGAUGCUCUACCAUACAUUGAGACUUGGGCGACUCGUGAUGGGCUAAGCUGUUUAACUAGGUCGAUGGUGGCAAACGUUUUGCAUAAUGCAAGAAUAGGAAUGUAGGAUGUGAUGCUUUUGCGCAAUGAUGAUGUAAAUGAAGAUGGUAAAUUAAUUUGAAACUUGGUUAUGUAAGUGAAAGAUGAGUCAAUACUUCUUUCAGGGCCUUAGGGCCGGGUCGCAUUACAGACAAUUUUCCCGAAAAUUGCUUACUCUAGGGACUAAACUCUGUCGACACAUCUGUUUUCAAUGCGACCCCUCAUUUGUGAUUUUUCAAAAAUUUCAAAUUCGGGAAAAAACAUUAGAGACGCCGGUGUGCUUGGGUGGGGCUGACCAAUUUUUCCAAAUCUCGAAAAACCAAAGGAGCACGGCGCUAAAGCUGUCAACAGUUUAAAAGAAUGACUCCCAAUAUAGACGGCAAGGUUACGAACGUGAAAAAGAGCGCGAAAUUUCAUCACUCACACUGACGUUUUCAUUGCGUGCAGUUCGAAGGUACUGUAUGGACAGGCGAGAUUUUCCCUUUCCUUACGGCCAUCAAAUGCCAAGAAGUGAGCAAUAUUUCUUCCUUCAGGACUUGAGCAACACACCCUCAAUUUGGCCUGUUGUGAGCGCCGAACAAAGAAAACCUGAGAGUCAAUGCUUCCUUGUUCGGCCGCAUGGCAAGCGUCGUGACUGACCACAAUUUCACCGCUCAAAUUUCCUUUGUGCGAUCGACGCUUGCAUUUUCACUUGCUGAAAUGCGACCGUAUAGGCUCAAUCUUAUUUUCAUUUCCGGUCUAAUGCAAUUUAGUUUUCCAGCCGAAAAUUGGUCUAUAAUGCGACCCAGCCCUUACAUCUAUGCCUUAUAUAAUAUGAGAAUCCUUUGCUAGUGUGAACUUUCCAGACAACUAUCCAGUCAGCGUGAAUACAAAUAAACGAUCGCUGUAAAACAUGGACCAAAGAAUCCAUUUAAAUUCAAAGUAGUAGUUUUUGUUUUGAUAUAUUUAAAUUCUCUCUUACAGGAAAUUGUUUCCAUCACCUCAACCAACGUUGGGGUUACUUUGAGAGUCCAGGCUAUCCAAGUUGUUACCCGAACAACAAGUACUGCGCCUGGCUAAUCGAAGCUCCCGUUGGUCAAUACAUCGAGCUACGUUUCUAUUCUUUCCAUUUGGAAUACGGAUCUUCUAGCUGCCCGUGGGAUUAUGUCGAAAUUCUUGACGGUAACUCACUGCACAGUCCUAGUCUUGUCAAGGCGUGCGGCCAGUUGGCAUGGUGGAGAUUGUACAGUAGUGGGAGGUUCCUCAUGGUGCUGUUCAAUUCGGACGUUAUCAUCGAGAUGCCUGGAUUUUCUGCUUAUUACCGAGCUUCAUAUUACAGUAAGAGGAAUAAAUCAAUUUAUUUAAAACCUUUCUUAAAUAACAAUAUUUAGAUGAAAGUAACGUGGUGUAAAUGAAAUAUUUUAAGGGCUCCAGGUAAAGUCAAUUUGAAUUAAAAAUCUAAAGCAAAAUGCAAGUUUAGACGGUCGGUCGAGUCGCACCUUCCAAGUACUAAAUUGUUUUGUGCUUAAAGAGUUUUAAAUACUUUAAUAGAAAUAACCUACGACUGACUCUUAGAAUCAUUAACAACAUAUUGCACUUACUGUAAGCAGUUUUUUUCCUUAACAUAUACGAAUUAAAGCUCUUCCUCAUACGCAGGAUACAACAUUUCAUUACCAAGCCAACAAGUGUCAAUAACAAGCCCAGUACAGUGUUUUCCUACGCAGACACAAACUGCCACUCCUGUCACGUCAAAUGGUAAGUGAACGAAGCCUGUGCUCUUAACGAACGACGUUUUUUAAUGAUUUGCACUUAUCUAUCCAGAGUCUGCCAUAUUUUUCUGAACAAAUUUCUCGCCCAAACGUAAUUUCUUUUUAAACCUUCAGUUUGUCACAUAAUGAUCAUGUUUCGAAAAAAUUCUGUUACGAACGCACCGGUAAACUAUCAGCAUACAUUUACUUUGCCAUUGAUUUCUAAAAUACGCCAAGAAAUAGCUUAAAUCUAACAGUAAUUUACAGUGAUACAACACAUGACGAAAAUUGAACGGAGAAAGGACAGAAAGAACGUAAUGACAGUUAGAAUAGGUGUACAAAACGAAAACUUGUGAAUAAACCGACAUUUGGCGUAAAAACUCCCAGAAGUGACUAUUAUGUAACUUCUCCCUAUAAUAUCCAUACAUCAUCCAGCAAACAGGUGAUGAGAGUACUCAAACUUAUCAGGAAGAAGUUGUUAUCUUAAUCUAACACCUAAUUCUGUUUAGCAACUAAAGGGGAGUUAACAACCAGACUGGAACUCUAGCUAUAACUAAAACUGCUGAAAGAUCAUGCAACAAGUACAAAAAUUUACAAUUAAAGUUUUGAAUUAAUUAUUUACCCUAAAAGACUUAAUCGGAUACACCGAAUACAUCCACGGACUAAGUGAGUGAGGGUAGAAUUAACAGUAAAAGAGCUGUCUACGCUUGUUUUUAGUGCACGGAAUCCAACCGACACGUGCUUCUGCAAUGAGAACGACCUUCUAUGCUGCUUCAAGUGUAAACGUCCAGCCAGAUCCUUCCCAGUUCCAGUUUCAUUUACCGGCACAAUGCGAACAACGUUGUCACAACACGUUAGGAAGUUACACCUGCUCUUGCGUUAGUGGAUACCAACUGGCCGCAAACGGGAAAUCGUGCUUAGGUAAAAUUGAUUCUAAGAAAAUAAGUUUUAAGACGUUUUGUUUUUGAUACAUUCUCAUAGUAGAACAAAAACAAAACAAAACAAAACUUUUUUCGACGCGUGUGCGAUUGAAAUAACAGAUCGUUAUAUUUUUCGUGUUCAGCUUCAAUCCCAAUUUGUCAUUUGACGCGUGCUAAACGUUUUAUACUUUACAAAGGUUCCGGAUCAAUGAGCCCUUUACACCCAUACAUCACUGUGCAAAUUCUCCAUACUGUUCUACAAGGAGAAUUUGUGGAACUUCUUUAGUUGGUGAUCAUUUCCUUUAUUCUCAUGUCUUUAUGUGGAAUUCACGGGUGAUAUUGUAGGGAGAAAUUAAACGCUAUUCAUUCUUAGGGUUCACCAUAUAGACCUCAGAAUGCCCAAGUUACUCUCCUCGUCUCGUGCGCGCUUUCCGUUCUCCUUAAGUACCCAUGGUAAGGUUAUCUUACAAUUUUAAUGUUUGAGGUGGCUGUGUGUUUCUCUUCAAUUUUAUAGCUUUUUUCCCUUUUGCGCAGACGUUGAUGAAUGUUCGAUCAAUAAUGGUGGCUGCAGCCAUCAUUGUUACAAUAUCCCUGGAUCAUUUUAUUGCGGCUGUCCGGAAGGAACCAGUAUGGGUGCUAACAAUUUGACUUGUGUUGGUAAGGAAUGCUAAGCUAAACUUUCUGCAUAUAACUACUGAGGGAAAAUUCUACCUCUGUUAAGAAUGGGAAUAAACAACGAUCAACAAUGAAAGACGACUGACCGUUCCUGUAAUGCAUGUAUAUUUUUUCGGGAAAAAUAAGAUUUUUUUAUCCAAUGCAACAGCAGGCUUGAGAAGAUUUCAGCAGCACUAACAUGUCUUAGGAAUUUAUUUUGUUAUCCCUUCUGUCCAAAAUAUACACAUGUGUUCGCUCAUUUGGAUGGAAAACAGAAAAACAUUGUGGAUGCGUGGUACUUUUUUGUGACUUAACCAACUCAAAGUUAUUAUUGAUUAGGCACGAGUAGUUGGGACACAUUAAAAUCCUGCUAAAUUUAAGGCUAUUGCUUGUUAAUUUCAUCUUAGAACCUGGUGUGUCUGUUAACUGCAGUGACAUUAUAACGGUUGCCUUAGAAAAGAAGACAUUUCCAUUUUUUGACGUUGCCCGACUACACUUGAGGUACUCCUCGUGUAAAGCCACACAGAAUGACACCCAUCUGCUGAUCAGCACUCCUUUGAACGGUUGCGGAACACUGUUGAACGAGACUGAAGAUGAUCUUAUCUUCUGGAAUGAAAUCCGAACGGAGGUGAUCCUUAUCGACAAUGUCAUAACUAGAUCACAUGACGUCAAAAUUCCAUUUUAUUGUAGUUAUUCGAGAAGGAAAUGGGUCAACCUGGGUUUCAAGCCUCAGCAUCUACACUUUGGAACAGAAGGUAAAUGAAACUUUCCAGCUCUCGUUCUGAUCACUCCAAAUCAGCGACAUGUAUCUUUUGCCAAGGGGUGCUUUCCAUCCUAAGGAAGAUGCCAUCCCUUUAUCUCUAGAGUGGAAUGCAGAUUUGUUUUAAAAUUUAACACGUUUAUAUGCUAAAUGACUUUAUCUUUUCCGCUUUCCAGCUGGGUAUGGAAACUUUACCUUUAAAAUUGACUUUUACAAGAGUUCGUCAUUUGCCACACCCUAUACUGAGCAGGACUACCCUCUGAGCGUGGCUGUCAAUCAGUACUUGUACGUGAGAUACAGUGUAGAAUCCAGUGCUGAUCUGGUGAUAAUGGCUGUGACAUGUAGGGCCACUAAAACUGGAAGCUUGUACUCCUGGCCACAAUACUCUAUUAUACUGAACGGGUAUGUAUGGUACUCGAACAUAUUAGUGUGAAUGGUCUGCCUGGAAAAAUACGCAAGUUUCAGUCAAUUUAAUCAACGAUUCACUAUUUCAUAUCAUCUAGAUUUCUUUCUAUAUAUGACAUCUAUAUGCUUUAAAAGUUUUGUAGUCCCUGUGCUGCGAAUGCUUACGUUUUGGUGCAAAGUAUAGAGGAGGUCGGUGUUACUAAAAAACAACUCCGAAUGUUUUACUGAUUCUAAGAAGUAAUGAACGGGUGGACUUGGACCAUAUAGGCCAUCAUCACAUCGUGUUUCUGGGGAAAGGCGUUAUAUCACAAAAACAAAAUCCUUUUUACAUUUCCUUACCAAAUAUUCAAGCUUUUGAAAGCUAAAAUUACCCAGAACAUUCUUAGGGAAGUUUUUUAAUGGCAGCAUGCAUUAAAAAGAAACAAACUGAGGUGACAAUGAGCAAAAUGUUCUAUAUGUGCGCAUGAAUUUCAACUUACUUCUUACUUUCACUACCAACAGAUGUCCGCAAGAUACCAGCAUGGAAUACAACUUUGAUCCCCAAAGGAAUUACCAGCAGUUUAAAAUCAGAGCGUUCAGAUUCUUUAACGACUACGAGCAGGUGUACAUUCACUGCGAAGUUUUGGCCUGUCAUAAAUACUCUCCAAACUCCAGGUGAGUUACUGGUACAGAAACACUUAGGCAAGGAGAUGCCGAAUAAACAUUUACCACUUACGAAUAUCAAAACCAUCAUUGAGAAAUUUGAGUGCAAUAUGAUUUCAUCACUCACAAUAUAACAAAGGCGUUCGAAGCUCAUUCAAAUCUUCCUCAACAACUUUGACAGGUGCACCCAAAGUUGUUUAGGUAAUAAGAAGAGAAAGCGGAGGGAUGUUACCCGCGACGAAACAGAACAUGAACAGAGUACUACCAAAGUCACUCUUACACGAGGACCACUGAUAUUUCAACAGGAUGAAGAACCAGCAGGCAAGUUCACAUGUGAAAAGAUAAGGGAUAUUGAAAUAGAUAAGGUUUUCUCAAAUACUGCAAAGCUUGUGUUAAACAUGUCAACAACGCUGUCUUGACCUAAAUUUCAAAUUUAGGUAGUUUGUCACUGAUUUAAAAAUAAUAAUGAUGAUGAGGAAAGCUUUCAAAACACGACUUAAAAAGGAAAUUCAGGUCCUAAUAUGUAAAUCGCAUUUUCACUUAAUUUUUCUAUUGUCAAAAAUAAAAAUAUGAGUAUUGAAGGACUUGGAAAAUAGGUAAACUAAGGCGAUUUUAAAUCAAGUCAACAGUUGAUUUUAGUUUCUUGCUUAUAUAUAUUAAGUUAUUUCCUUCUCUCUUUUCCAUAACUAAUUUCAUUAACAGAAAUAAGGCAAAUUAGAUUGAGCCAUUUUUUAAUUUUAAAUGCCUUCCUUUCUUCGGUCUUCGCUUGAGCUUUGAUUCCUCUCCUGCAUUCAAAUUUCAGACACAGGUCAAAACAAGCAAACUGCGCUGAUUGGGGGCGUAGCAGGCGCUGGAGGAUUUGCUCUGGUUGCAGUUGCUGCAUUGGCUGUUUUAUUUGUCAAGUACCGCAUUGCACGACGGUUCAUGAACAGAAACAAGGUUGGAGACCAGUACGCAACCCAAGAUGAACAACUGAGCAGAAGGAAUGCCUACGUUCAGCCUGAAGAUAUGGUCGAACAAGAAGACUCCUUCUAAAUAUAAGCUUUUUUCAGGGCUCACUUGCUCAAAGGACAGAUAACGCUAUCCGACGGACAAAUCACUAUCCAGUGGAGAAGUGUGUUUAAACCGUACUGCGCUAUCCACUGGAUAGGGAUUUAUCCAGUAAGAAAGCGUUAUCCACCCUUUGAACAACCGAAGCCUGCAUUGUUUACUUAUUUCUUUAUCAAGCAGCAAAUACAAAUGUAGUUCAAGAAAUUUCUUUCGGCAGUUACGAGGUUUGAGUGCUUUCAUUGCAACCUCUGAUAAAAAUAAACCUUCUCAUCAAACUCCUGAGUAAUUUAGCCUCAGGCUUACGUAACUUUUUUGUUAACUUACACCUUUAAAGCGUGCAGUCUCUUACAGACUGCAGGCCUUACUUUGAAUAGAUCGCUUUCAACUAUACACAGAGAGAAUGUUUUUAAGAAUAUGUAAGCCAAAACUGUAUAGAUCUUUGAGCUGUACCUUAAUUUAAGAACCUUUCACUGUUGAAAGGUAACUUUUAGAAAGCAAACAAAAUUGAAUGGGGAAAGUUGUUUUUCACAAAGCUGGUUAUCAUUUCUCAUUUUCAAACCUGCCUUUUCAUUCGCAUUUUUGUGUUCAUUAGUUUUAGUCGCUUUAAAAUAUCGAAAAAAUUAAAUGAGUGCACUUCACAUCUUGACUCUCGAAUGUAACCAAAAGCUAAAAUAAGUCAACACAAGACAAUGUUUCAACCACUUUGAAACAAUCCCAGAGAUGGAAAGAACACACUAAUCCGCUUUGAACAGUAAAGGUCAGUAGCUGUUAUUCCAAAUGCCGUCUUACUACUCCGAAUCC